AUGGAUGUCAGGAGUUACGUACUACUAAAAUAUGCCUCAACUGAACAGAAGCGUUUGUUGAAUCGUUUACUAUACAUUUACCGAGGAAUCGUUUACUAUACAUAUACCGAGGAAUCGUUUACUAUACAUAUACCGAGGAAUUGUUUACUAUACAUAUACCGAGGAAUCGAAUCGUUUACUAUACAUAUACCGAGGAAUUGUUUACUGUACAUUUACCGAGGAAUCGUUUACUAUACAUUUACCGAGGAAUCGUUAUAUUUAACGAGGAAUCAUGCACGUGGUGGAAGCGAGGAGUUUUACUAA